AUGAAUCCACAGCGCCGCCCCCUACCAACGUUCCUCAUCCGCACGAGUACCCCGUGCGGUACGUGGCAUUGUGGCAAAGAGAACUGCUUUAGAGCAUUCCAUCGGUAUCCUUCAUCAAACAGUAAUGUAAAGCAGGGAGGGAAAGCAGGACCUGGAAUUCUGGGUGUCAAUCUUGGCAAGAAUAAGACUAGUGAAGAUGCUGCUGCUGACUACGUUCAAGGAGUUCAUUCGUUGUCGCAGUAUGCUGAUUACCUGGUCAUUAAUAUCUCUUCCCCAAAUACUCUAGGCCUUCAGGCCUUGCAAGGUAGAAAGCGACUGAGUGAACUUGUGAAGAAGGUGCAUGAUGCACGGGAUGAGAUGCAGUGGGCUGAAGAUGGUCCACCACCAUUGCUUGUGAAGAUUGUACCGGACUUGUCGAAGGAGGACCUUGAGGACAUUGCUGCGGUUGCUCUUUCUUCCAAGUUGGAUGGCCUGAUUAUAUCGAACACAACAAUUGCAAGGCCACCUCCUGCAGAAGCACAUCCACUAGCUCAAGAAGCCGGUGGAUUAAGCGGGAAGCUUCUAUUUGACUCAUCUACUCGCGUCCUCAAGGAGAUGUAUAUCCUUACAGGGGUCACAUCUUCCAUCCCGGUUAUUGCAUUUUGA